CUUCACGUGAACCGUCGGAAAGAAACUAUUAAAAAUUUACACACGAUUAUUCAGUUCGACAAAAUUCUAUUGCAAUGAGCGAUAACGAAAAGGAAGAAGCUGCAAAUUUGAAAGAAGAAUUCGAAUGGGUUCUUCGAGAGGAAGUUCAUUCGAUCUUGCAUCAACUGCACUCGGUUUUAGUCGGUUGCGCUCACAGAUUCCCCGUCCCUCUGUACGGGAAUGAGGGCCAGAAACAAGACAAAUUUAUAUUGACCUCGCAGCCCGAACAGCUCAAAUGCAUUGUAACACUAACUGGCGACAGCAUAACUCAUGCAUCAUGUUUCUCUCACCAGGAUAUAAGUUUCAAGGUGCUUCGGCAAAUGCACACGAUAUGCCGCACAUCAAUCAACCAGGACGGGCCGUGGAAGCUUCAGCAGAUCCAGGAUGCAGCCAACCACUUGCAGCAAGCCAUCGGCUACAUUGACAAUGUUGACAAACAUUAUAUAUUCAGGUCAUCAGAUGAAGUACUACAUAUAAUUCAGUGCCUGAUCGGAUCCCUUCAAAGAGCGCGCACAGCACUAGUCCUGCCAAAGAAGAAAGCCAUUGAUGAACUAAUGAAAAGUCGAAAUAUGAAAGCCUUAGCACCAAACCUGCCCGAAGACCUCGCAAUAUCAUUCUACAUCCAGUCCCACAAGCUAAUCUUCGUGGCGUACCAACUCAGCUCGGUCCACGGUACAAUGCGUAUAGACUCCUGCCAGGCUGACUGCGCAGUUCCUUGGCUCAGCGACGUCUUGUUUAUGCUGACGGCUUCGCUGCACAUGUGUCAGCAACUUAAGGAUAAGCUGUGCGUUUUCUCGCAGUACAAAGACUUCACGGUGGGCUCUCGCUCCGCGUCCAUGGUGUUAAACUGAUUCCCUUCUCCACGUGAUUCUCAGUAAUGUACGUAUGAUUAACGAGUGUGGAUGGCUGGUUGGAGUUUUUAUAGGUGGCGCUAGUGUAGGUUUCCCUGACUGACAUACCGAUUUGUUUUUUUAUUCAUUUAUGGCUCGGAUGCUAGUCUUGCUAGUCAUACUUAAUCGGUGUCCCGCCGCGCGUUUUAGGUGGCCCGCCAAAUGAUUCGUAUACAGCAGCCAUUCUCAAAGUGUGCUCCGCGGACCCCUAGGGCUCCGCAAAGCCUCUCUGGGGGCUCCGUGUGAAUUUUAGGUACCUGAUAUGCAACUUCAACUCUCUUCCAUAAAACCAAA